GAAAAGCGGUACCAGAAAACAUCAAUUACGCAAGGUUCCAUUCAACAUAUAUUUGAUGUCUUUGGCAAUAGUUGACUUAAUAUUUGCAAUUAGCGCAUUACCUAUAUAUGUAGCAUCGACGAACGCCGUACCUCAUCCGAAUGGAUUGAAUGGCGAGAUUAUGUGUAAGAAAAUGUCUCACUGUGUUGGAUACAACCUUACGCAAGUCCAUUGCUGACGACAAACAACGUUUAAAGAUUCUUAAAAGUAAACAGAAGACUGUGAAAAUAGUGUUUGUUGUGAUGAUGGCAUUUUUUUGUCUAUGGGCCCCCAAUCAUAUAAUGUAUCUUCUCUUUCAAUUUGGUGGAAUACAUAAUUUAAAGUGGAAUUCUACAUAUUAUCAAGCGGGUAUUGUUCUUGGUUUUUGUUCAUCGUGGCUGAAUCCAUUUCUGUAUGCAUUUCAAAGCAGGGACUUUCGAACUCAUGCCUACAAAGUGUUAAGAAAAAUUUUUUGUGAACAAAGCUCUUCUCGACCUUUCGAAGACAGCCAUGGUACUAUCAGUUCAUUGUCAUCUGGUCAAACUAAAAAUGGGUUUCGAAAAUUAAAAAGCCCAGUAGUUUAGAUUUUAGUUUGACUUUUUCUAUUUCUUUUAUUAUACAUGCAUUGCAAUAAAUGAAUUACUUGACUUGCAA